AUCGUCGUCGGAAGGUUUAUGAGCGGAGGAAAUCAAUCGUAGAUCUGUUUUCGCAUCCGCCUACCAAAUUCCAACAAUCUACAUCGUCGAAGAUCACACACCAUGGCUAUCUCUUUAGCUAAGCUUCUGAUCUCCGCUAUGGCGGUUUUCAUGUUUGUCUCUGCUUCGUUUGCGACCUCGGAAAUGCCGUUCCUGGUUGUUCACAAAAAAGCUGCUCUUAACAGGCUCAAAUCCGGCGCUGAGCGAGUCUCCGUUUCCUUUGACAUCUACAACCAAGGAUCCGCGCCGGCGUAUGAUGUGACUCUGACUGAUAAUAGCUGGGAUAAAAAGACUUUUGAAGUUGUUAAUGGAAACACUUCAAGAUCAUGGGAAAGGCUUGAUGCAGGAGGUAUUCUGUCUCAUUCUUUCGAACUGGAGGCCAAGGUUAAAGGACUGUUCUAUGGAGCUCCUGCCCUGGUUACUUUCCGCAUCCCCACAAAGACAGCUCUACAGCAAGCGUACUCAACUCCAAUCCUACCUCUAGACAUCCUUGCAGACAAACCUCCAACGGACAAGUUUGACCUGGCCAAGAGGGUGCUGGCAAAAUAUGGAUCACUUGUAUCAGUGAUCUCCAUGGUGGUUUUGUUCAUAUAUUUGAUAGCAACACCUUCAAAGUCCAACGCAGCUAAAGCGAGCAGCAAGAAGAAGCGCUAAGUUAGUAAAAUGAAGGUGAGAAAGGUUGGUACGGUUCUGUGUUGUGUUUAGCAGUUAAGCACAGUUUCAAAAACUUGUAAGAAUUUUAUAGAAUUAAUUUUGGGUUUGCAGAGGACUAUUUCAAAGAGUUAUUUUGGUUUUGCGUAAUAACGUCUUUAUAAGAGCAUAUUUUGGUACUGCCUUCUGCUUGCUAUGGUUUUGUGAGUCUGUCUGCAUUCUCUUUUGCACGUACUGGCUAUCCUUUGGUAUAUUUGUUUGUUUAGUUUAGUUGCAUCUUUCUUUGUA